AGCGCCGGUUCCCUUGGAGACAGGCAACGCGCGCAAGAUGGCGGCGCCGGCGGAGGCGGAGGUGGCCGCGGGCUUCACCGAGGCGGCUGAAGCAGCGGAACUGACCCGCGCGCUAGGCCGCCUGCUACCGGGGCUGGAGACCGAAAGUAAGCUGGGGCGGCGGCGCGCUCUGGAGGCUCUGGAGCACGCACUGGAAGAGGCGGUGCGGCCCGGAGCGGAUUCCGCUGCCUUCCAGGGCCCCUGGGCUCGUCUCCUGCUGCCGCGCCUGUUGCGACUUCUGACCGAUCCGGCCGAGGGCUGCCGCGCGCUGGCUGCUCACCUGCUGGACUUAGGCCUGCGCCGCGCCGCGCGGCCCCGCGACGCUCUGCCGCGCCUCUUGCCCGCGCUCACCGCGCGCCUGGCCCGACCCGAACCCACGCGGCCGCCUCCUGAACCCUGCGAAGAGCUGCGUCUUGCCCUCGUGCAGCUGCUCCACUUGGCCGUGGACCUGGGCGGCGCCGCGCUCGCACCCCACCUGGACGACGCGGUGCGCGCGCUGCGGGGCGCUCUGCUCGAUCCCUUCGCCGCGGUGCGCCGGGAAGGUUGCGAGUGCGCAGCCGCUCUGGCGCGCGCCACUCCGGAACACUUCCACAUGCAGUCGGAGUCCCUGAUAGGACCCCUGAUGCAGACCAUCUCCCACCAGCACUGGAAGGUCCGGGUAGCCGUCAUCGAAGCCACGGGCACCGUGAUCCAGUUUGGCAAUGGGAACUCGGUGGAUGAUGUUCUUUCCCACUUUGCUCAAAGACUCUUCGAUGACGUCCCUCAGGUCCGGCAGGCAGUGACCUCGGUGGUGGGGGGAUGGCUGCUGAAUCUCCGUGACCGAUACUCCUUCUUACACAAACUCAUUCCACUGCUGCUCAGCAGCUUCAGCGACGAAAUGCCUGAGAUCCGGCAGACAGCCACUAGCCUCUGGGAGAAGGUCGGGCUGCAGUGGCAGGAGGAGAACGAGGCAGAUCUAAAAGACAAGCUGGACUUUGCUUCGCCACCUCCUCCCAACUAUCCUGAGCAUGAGAGCCGUCCUGGCCUGGGCUGCCGAGAGCUGGUCUUCAGGAAUCUCUCCAAGGUGCUUCCUGCCAUCUGUCACGAUAUCACUGACUGGGUGGUGGGGACUCGGGUGAAGGCAGCACAGCUGCUGCCGGUGCUGCUGCUGCAUGCAGAGGACCACAUCACACAGCACCUGGAGAUCAUCCUCAGAACCCUGCAUCAGGCCUGCAACGAUGAGGAGAAGGCUGUGGUCAGCAGUUGUGUGAGAGCCGCAGAACUCAUUGGCGCCUUCGUCAACCCAGAAGUAUUUCUGAAACUGAUCCUAGCCAUGCUGAAGAAAACACCCUCUGCCUCUGGCCUCUUGAUCCUCGCUUCUGUCAUCCGUGGUUGCCCCCGGAAUGCCCUGCAGCCACACCUCAAGGUCAUAGCCACAGAGCUGGCCCAGGAGCACCUCUGCCAGGGGUCUGAGAAUAGUCUCUACCUGGAGCAUCUUCUGCUGUGUGUGCAGGCUCUGCUGUCUGUGUGUCGGGAAGACUGUCGUGCUGCCAGCCUGCAGCUCUUGGAGGUGCUAGUGACAAUAAUGGCAGUCUCAGAUGCCGUGGGUCUUGAGAAGAAGGCUCAGAAGACCAUGGAUACACUGGCUGAGGUGGAGGAUAUCCCCAGCAGUCAGGAUCUCUACCGCAAGCAUGUGGGUGCACUCCUGGAGCGGCUGACAGCCUCGCACGGCGAGUGGACAGUGCACUCUGUGCAGCUGCUGAAGUUCAUUGUGCUCCUCACCCAGGCAGGCCCGGCUGUGGGAGAAGCUCUGCAGCACGUGAUGCCCGCACUCAGGGCCUGUCUCCAGCCCACCACGGACCCACACAUGCGCCUGAAGCUCUUCUCUGUCCUGUCCGCGAUGCUGCUGAGGCCUAAGGACACUAUCGACUCUCAGGGACAGUUCCAUGGCUACCUAGAUAUGGUAAUAAGUGACAUCCUAGCCCCCAGCCUGCAGUGGCAUGCAGGGAGGACAGCUGCAGCCAUCCGGACGGCCGCCAUAUCCUGUCUGUGGGCACUCAUCAGUAGUGACAUCUUAUCAGCCAAGCAGGUGCAAGAGGCACAGGAGACCCUGAUGCCACAAGUGCUGGCCACGCUGGAGGACGACUCCCAGACCACACGCCUGAUCUCCUGCCGUAUCAUCAGCCUGUUCCUCAGGAACUCAGGGGAUACCAUGGAGCCAGAGAAGUUCCUCAAGGUCUAUCCUGAGCUCUUGAAGCGCCUAGAUGAUGUCUCCAAUGAAGUGAGGAUGGCAGCUGCUUCCGCCUUGCUCACCUGGCUGAAGUGCAUAGAGAGCUCGGAGGGGAAAUCUGCCUAUCAGAGCAGUGUUCAGUUCCUGUACAGGGAGCUGCUGGUCCACCUGGAUGACCCAGAAAGUGCCAUCCAAGACACUGUCCUAGAAGUCCUCAAGGAGGGCAGCGUCCUGUUUCCAGAUGUGUUGGUGCGGGAGACAGAGGCCGUCGUCCACAAGCAUCGCUCCGCUGCCUACUGCGAGCAGCUGCUGCAGCACAUGCAGAGCAUGGCUGCCGCUCGGUGACCGUGUGCAUCAGCCACUGCAGGGAGACAAUGGUGUCCUGGAGACCUCGCAGUUAAGACAGCCAUGUCCGCAGGCCUGGCACCUGUGGGACCCCACCAGCCACCAGAUGGUGCUUGAGAAUUAGCUUCUGUUUUUCCUAAGCAGAUUCUGGGAUUUUGUAGCGUACCUACUUUUCACAGAGGCCUCAGAAAACUAAAAUUAAAGUUAAAUGCCCCCAGCCAUGCCAGCUUCCCAGUUAGCUGCUUGAACGUAGUGUUUUUAUCACAAGCCCCAAGGGGUCCUGGGCUGCUUUCAGAUUCACCAUGAUGCUCUUCACAUUGCAGGAAAGCCAAAGCAAAUGUAAAAACAACAGCCAUCCACUUUGGGCUCUGUCCCAUCAUCCUGUGCUGAGGACAAUUUCCCGUCUUGACUCACUGAUAAAGUUUCUCCCAAUUUUUUUGGUUUUUGACACAGGGUUUCUCUAUGAGGCUUUGGCUGUUCUGAAACUCACUCUGUAGACCAGUCUGGCCUUAAAUUCUCAGAGACCCACAUACCUCUUCCUUCCCAUACUGGGAUUAAAAGCCUGCACCACUACCACCCGGCUCCUCCCAGAUUUUAAAUACACUGGAAUGUCUUGCAUUGUGGGUGCAGCAUCCUGGUGUUUCUGUUUCUCAGUAUUAGUGAUGCCCAUGGGUAAAGGAUAGGAAACCAGCAGUCAGUAAGGUGGUCAUGCCCCAGUGUUUUUUCCACCAAGUGCCUAAAAAGACUUCUAAGUGGUUGUUAUCAGCAGCCAAUAUUUUUGUUGAGACAGUGGGGGGGGGGGGGUUGUGGUUUUCCAACAAAUUUUAACAUUUCUGCUUUGCAUUUAUGGAAUUAAAUUAUUUAUUAUAGUUA